ACAGCACGACAGGCCUGUUGUCACACCACAGCUUUUCUGCAUGAACUUCCAUGACGCAACAAAAAGUUCGAGAAACAAUAGCUUUUACCAGCUGCACGGCGAAAACAGUAUUGCCAAUGCUAUCUCCAAAUAAGUAGGUUGGGCUCCUCCCUCGUGCGGAGCUGAAUUUGAUAUGGAGGGGGAGCGCAAGCGAGCAAACGGGAGAGUAAAAGUUUGUAUCACUUUCUGAUAAAAAGCUCGCUUGCACACAGUCGAGUCCGUUGUAGCAGGGAAACAAGAAGAUGGCGCAGCACCGCUGCUGUGCCACGUCUCGAUGUUCACGGAAAAUAAGAAGAAUUUUGAGUGCCUGGUCAAUAUGCGUCUUUAUGCCUUACGUUUUUCUUUUUCCUCCUUCUGCCGAAGCCGGACUCUACACACCUACCGAUCAAAUUGUCAUCUUAAACCCGGAUACUGUGGACUCCGUGUUAUUUAACUCCUCUUCGGCUCUGGUGGUUGAGUUUUACGCAUCUUGGUGUGGACAUUGUAUUGCGUUCUCUCCCGUAUGGAAAAGUCUGGCAAGGGAUGUCAAAGAGUGGAAGCCUGCUGUGGACCUAGCAGCCAUAGAUUGUGCAGAUGAGGUGAACAGAAUGACCUGCUUCAGAUUUGGCAUCACGGGGUAUCCCACUCUUAAGUUUUUCCACGCUUACUCAAGAAGUGAGUCCCAAGGACAGCGACUCAAAGCGCCCCCGUAUGAUGUGAGGGGGUUGCGGCACCUGGUGAUUGACACAAUGGAGACGCACGAAGAGACCUGGCCUCCUGCCUGCCCCCCUCUGGAGCCUGCCAGCAAAGCGGAGAUCGACAACUUCUUUGAAACGAACAGCGGGGGGUACCUGGCCCUGGUGUUUGAGGAAGCCGGUUCAUACGUGGGGAGGGAGGUGACGCUCGACUUGCUCCAAUACGAGAACAUCACAGUGAGGAGGGUACUGAGCACAGAAGAUGGUCUGGUUUCCAAACUGGGUGUGACGGAGUUCCCCUCGUGCUACCUGUACCGUCCCGGCGGGAACUUCACCAGGCUCGGCGUGGACAUUGAAGCUCGCACCUUCUACUCCUACGCCCUCCAGAGGCUUCCUGGGGUAAUACGGGCCGGAAAAUCGCUGACGGUGGUCUCUGACCUCCACGAAAAUACCACGCAGCAAGAGUGGAGGCCAUUCAACAGGACCCGUGUGUACAUGUCGGACCUGGAGUCAGCCUUGCACUACUCCCUGCGUGUGGAACUGGCUGCUCACCCCGUGAUCAGCGGAGAGGACCUGACCGCUCUCAAACGCUACGUCUCCGUGCUGGCUAAGUACUUCCCUGGGCGGCCGAUGGUGCAGAACCUGCUGCAGUCCGUGGACGCCUGGCUGAAGGAGCGUGGGGACUCCGAGCUGCUCUACAGCUCCCUGCAGGACAUGCUGGAUAACACCGGACAGAUACCCGAUGCGGUCCUGCCUGAGGGGGUGAAGUGGGUGGGAUGCCAGGGGACCCAGGCACAUUUCAGAGGGUACCCCUGCUCCGUGUGGACCCUCUUCCAUGUGCUGACUGUGCAGGCCAUGAAGACCCCAGGGGCAGCGCCGCUGGAGGUCCUCCAGGCCCUGCGGGGCUACGUGCACAGCUUCUUCGGCUGCCGGUAUUGCGCCUCGCACUUCGAGACCAUGGCGCGGGAGAACAUGAACCAGGUCCGCUCGCCGGCCACCGCCGCCCUCUGGCUCUGGUACCGCCACAACCGCGUCAACAACAGGCUGGCAGGUGCUCUGAGCGAAGACCCCAGCUUCCCCAAGGUCCAGUGGCCUCCCCCGGACCUGUGUCCCCGCUGCCACACGGUGAAGAGAAACGGCGAGCACUCCUGGAACCAGGAGGAGGUUCUCCGAUUCCUCAAGGAGUACUUCUCCUCCGAGCGCCUCCUGCAGGACUACCUGGAGGGCGAGGCCCAGCUGCUGAGGGAGCAGCGGGAGAAGCUGGCCGCGCGCCGGGAGCAGGAGGCCCAGCGGGGGGCCGACGGGAAGGGGGAGGGCGGCGGCGGCGGUGGGCGAGCGGAGGAGGGGCGGGAGGGAGAGGAGGAGGAGGAGGAGGAGGCCGAAGAGCAGGGCGCGGCUCCGGCGCCGGGGGAGAUGGCGGGGCUGCGGCCGGCGGACGAGCCCUGGGCCUCGGAGCUCCCGCCGUGGGGCUGGCCGACGCCCGGCUCCGAGCCGGCGGAGGCGGCGGCGGCAAGGCGGCGGGCCCAGAAGCCCAGCAUCGUGGGCCUGAAGCCCCGGCAGCCGCGCGAGGACAUCGUGGACCUGGACUCCUUCGUCAACCAGCACUACAAGGCCAAGGCGCUGCGGGCCGCCGCGCUGGCCGGCCGCGUUCGGAGGCGGAGCCUGCAGAGGAAGGAGGAGGCGGAGCCGCAGCCCGUGGAGCCGGAGAGGCCGCAGGAGCGCGGGCUCCCCGGGAGGUACGCGGGGCUGGAGGAGGAGCGCGGGGACGGGGGCCCGGGACGCAAGCGCUGGACCUCCCUGCUGAGCGUGGGCUUCUCCGGCCUGGACCUCAGCCUGUGCCUGCUGCUCUACUUCAGCUCCUGCAUGUGUCUGCUGGCCAUGUACCUGUACUUCAGGCUGCGGCUGCGACUGCGCAGGGCCAAAGUGGCGCAGCCCUAAGCCCUGGUUCCCCCCCCCCCCCCAUUCCCCCUGUCUGCCCUGAUCUGAAGCCUAAUCCUCCCUGUUCUCCCACCAUCGAACCCCACAGAAUAGCACAGAAUCGGCCCAGAUACCUGUAAACACCACGGAGCCUCCGUGCUCGAGCGUGUCGGUGUGGUCCUGGUUUACGCUGAUGUUGCGCUGCUAACCCCAGCUGAAGCUGCGCUCAGAAUCACGUUUGUGGCCACUUACGAAUACACGCGAGUGUCUGGUUUUGCUGCUGUUUUCAAAAGAUGAAAUGAUUUUAUUUAUGAUCGUAACUGGAAAGGAUCGCUAGUGCUCAUAAUUGUGAUUCAUAUUUAUUGUAAUUAUUAGGCUUUUAAAAAUUUUAUAUCAUUACAACACGUGUUCAAUUUUUAACUGGAUCAGUAAAAAGUAACAUACUCAUUUAACGUGAAAAACAUUCUCAAACAGCAGUUGACCCUUUUACUCGCAAGCAUACAGUAUGCACACUAACACAGGUAACUUUGUCACCCAAACCUGUACGUCUCACUGCGAGCUCCUUUCAAGUGUGCGAGUGGAGUAUGCCGUUUGAUUGAAGGGGGGCAGGUGAUGUCACAUUUUGCAUCUACUGUAGGCCCAUAACAAUGUCAACAUGGGCCCCUCAUUGGAUCCAGCCUGCAGCGUGGUUAAAGGCUUUUAAUGCCACUCUUGAUUUACUCUGCUGGAAUUUCACAUUAUAAUCAUUAAAACCCGGUUGUUGAUCGAAGGCCAAUAGUGUACUAAAACGGAUUGAACCUUCGAAGCCAGGUUUUUUGAGCCACAUCAUACCCUGCAGACAUACGUCUCGGUGAACUCCCACACUGAAGUGUGACUGAUCAUCUGUUCCUGGUCUCUCUCAUGAAUAUUCAUGUUGGCUGACUGAUUGAUCGUGACUUCCCAGAAGCAAGGGGACUGCUGAUGUCCUUCAGUGGCUUUGCACGAUGAUGAACAAGGGUUACCGAGUGCUGUGCACAAAAACACAGACUCACAGAGGGCUGUCAUCACCAGUGCAUACCCUCGCCCCGCUCAGAACUAUGAAGAGAUUUUGCUUUGCUAUUGAAAACCUAAUAAAAUUAUUUUUGCUAAUAA